AUGGCGCAAACUGCAAAUCAAGUAGCAGGCGGAGGGGAGCUCUUCGUCAACGGGCGCAUCUUUCUGCACAACGCCGAAGCCGGCCUUGAGACACAGCCCACCUUUGCCGAGAGCAUGUUCGUCGCCAACGGCAUUAUUGAGAACAUUGGCACAACAGAGGACCUCAAGGCAAAACACACAUCGGGAGAGGUCACCACGCAUGACUUGGAAGGCAGAACAGUCCUGCCGGGCUUCAUCGACGGCCACGUGCAUCUCCUCCUCCUCGGCCAGUCGCUGCGCAAAGUGAGCCUCGAAAAUUGCACGUCACUGGAAGAGAUACGCGCCGCCAUCAAGGCAUACGCCGUCGCCAACCCGGACGUCCCGCGCAUCAUGUGCAAGCUGUGGAUGCACUCCAUGACUCCCGACGGCGUCGACAAGACCAUGCUUGACGACAUUGACCCCCGACCAAUCUUCAUCGACACAAAGGACCUCCACUCGACCUGGUGCAACACAGCCGCCAUCAAGGAGCUCGGCAUCGAAAACAUGCCGGACCCGUCAGGAGGCAAGAUCCACCGCGACGCCGAGGGCAAAGCGACGGGUCUCCUCAGCGAGGCCGCCGUGCUCACCAUCGUGUGGCCUCAUCUCGCCCAGGUGGCCCCCAAGAGAGAUCGGAUGGACGCCAUGAAGGAUGCCGUGCAGACCUACAACGCAUCAGGCUACACAGGGCUGAUUGAGAUGGCCAUGGACGAGCCGGCAUGGGACGCAGCGUGCUCGCUCCGCGCCGAGGAGCCCAACUUGCCCAUGCGCAUCCACGCCUACUGGCUCAUCAAACCAUCCGAAUCCGAGGAGGAGCGCUUCAAGCAGGUCGAUCGGGCCAUUGAACUCCACAACGAGCUGAACAAGGCCACCUCCCCUGACCUGCGCAUCGUAGGCAUCAAGAUCAUCACCGACGGCAUCAUCGACGCCUGUACCGCCCACCUGUCAGAGCCCUAUGCCGAGGUGGGUUCCCCCCCGCCCUUCUGGAGCGCCGAGUGGCUCUGUCCCGUGGUCGCGAGGGCAGACGCCGCCGGAUUGCAAAUCGCCCUGCACGCGAUAGGCGACGCAGCCAUCAAGAACGCAGUCAACGCCCUCGCCAACCACGCCACGCCUGGCCGCCGCCACCGCCUCGAGCACAUCGAGAUGGCAUCCCCCGAGGACGCAAAACACCUGGGCGAGCUGGGUCUCACGGCCUCGAUCCAGCCCGUCCACGCUGACCCGGCCAUCCUCCGCGCCUGGCCGCGCCUCAUUGGCGCCCACCGCUGCGAGCGCGCCUUUGCCUACCGCGAGUUCGCAGACCACGGCGCGCUGCUCGCACUCGGCAGCGACAGCCCCACGGCCCCCUGGGCGCCGCUGCAAAACGCCUACGUCGCGACGACGCGGCGGUCCGCCAGGGAGCCGGGAUACGAUGUGGUCGUCAACGAGCACUUCAAGUUGGGUGUGUGCGAGGCCAUCACGGCGGGCGCAUUCGGAACUGCAAAGAGCGUGUUUGCGGAGGAUCAGACGGGUUCUUUGCAGAUUGGCAAGCGCGCGGACUUCGUGGUGGCGGAGAUGGAUUGGACGCCGCAAGGUCUGCUCAAGGGCGAGAUCAAGGCCACCUGGUUUGACGGGCGGAAGGUGUGGCCGUCUCCUGAUGCGUAG